ACUUAAACCCCAACUUGGGAACAUAAUUUACACACAUAUAAUUGUACCAUUAAACCCCUUUCUUCUUAACUUCAUCUUUCUUCUACCCACAUGUCUUCUUCUCUACCAACAUCGUUGUCUACAUGUAAUUCUACACAUUUUUCUAUAUAUUUUUUUAAUCUCAUUUAAUUAUAAAUUACUUUUAUAUUUUUAGUUUUCAUAUAAAUACUCCACAUAAUUUACCUACAUUAUAUCACAAGCUAUAAUAUAUAACCUUCUUCGAGCUUCAUUUUCCAAAGAAUCUAUUGCCUUAGCUCAUUUUGUCACACUAACAAGAAUUAUUAAUACAGCUAGAUACCUUUACUUGUUGGGUUCUCUUUAAAGACACAUUCAAUUAAUAAAGACAAUGUCUAGCAGAAGAUCAAGGCAGUCAGGAAGUUCAAGAAUCUCCGACGAUCAAAUCAUUCAGCUUGUCUCCAAGUUGCAGCAACUAGUUCCCGAGGUUCGCCAACGUCGUUCUGACAAGGUGUCGGCUUCAAAAGUUCUCCAAGAGACUUGCAACUACAUAAGAAACUUACAAAGGGAAAUGGAUGAUCUUAGUGAUCGUCUCUCACAGCUUUUAACCACAGUUGAUGCUGAUAGUGAAGAGGCACGAAUCAUUAGGAGCUUACUUAAUUAGUCAAUUAAUUAGAUUUUAUUUAUUAAUUAAGGUCAAUGCUUUUGAUUUAUUAUAUAUAUAUAUAUAGGCCAUAUAUAUAUAGUAAUAUAAAAUCCAUCCUAGCUAGGGUUGUUAAUUAAUUUCGUACUUUAAGCAUGCUAAGCUAGCUAAGACUAGGAAUCAUUAGAUACCUAGAUCUAGCUUUUAAUGCAAAUAUAUCAAAUAUAUAUAUAUAUAUAUUUUUUUAUAUAGUAUAUGGUGUUAUGUAAUUAAUUUAGCUCUGUAAUAAUAAUAAGUAUUUGCACGCAA